ACGAACGGCGGGCGUCCGGAUUUAGGCCUCUGGCAGGGACCCGGAAGAUCCUGGUGGGGGUGUCUGCGCGACUUGGGGCACCCGGGCCGCGGCUUUCCAGAAGGUCUCCUGCCGGGCGUGGGCGUCGCCUAGAGGCACCUCACUUGGCACCCAGGCCAGGUGCUUUCAUUUCCUCUCGUGACAGGUGCUCGAUAUCCUGACGGCCCCAAGGGUCGUUUGUGUGCGUCUUCUCGGUUUGGAUGCUGCUUUGGCAGCCAUCUGUGACUCAUCUGAGGAAUCCCUGGCCUGAGUCCUUCUGAAUCUGCGGAUUUAACACUUGAUCUCUCUCCACAUUGGUUCCUCAGGGAAGAGAGAGAUGACUAGGCAGGUGGAAAGGACCACUGAAGGUGAGAGGCUUUUUAUCAGGGGUUUCUAUGUCUGGUGACAUCCCAGAAAAUAGUAAUCAACUGUGUAGCUCACACUGAGGGCCUUGAUCAUAUAGGUCAUGUUAUCUGGAUUCUCUUUCCUGGGUUCUGUUCCUUUUCUUAUUGGCCCUGGUGUUUAUUAAGCUGUGUCUUUACUUCAUGGAUUCCAAGGAAAGCCCUUGAGCACAUCUGGGAGGAGGGUGAGAGAGGGAAAAAUGAUGUGGCUGCUGGCCUGGGAAUAUACUUCUUCUCCUGUGAAAGUCUGAGGGUUAGGACUGGGCUUUACUCUACUUUUGAGAAGGAUUUCUGAAGCAGCUUUGUGAUUUGGGAAGCCUGAAGUACCAAUGGGACACCCUGCAGAGCGACCACCUUCUGUCAGAAGCACACACAAACAAGCAGGUUAUUGAUGGUGCCAUCCCAUUUAUGUACUGCUUGAUGCUUUGUUUUCCAAAAGAAGCCGCAUGCUAUUGGAGGUUGGUGACUGGGGUAGGGGCCUGCCCCUUGUCUCAUGGGCCCCAGCCAGUGCUAGGCAUCCAAGAGGUGCUCCUCUGUACCGCUUUCAUCCACUGACUGGCAACUCCAUGUCAGGCACUGUUUUGGGCUUUCUCACCACUGGUAUAUGGAGGGGGCCUAGUGGUGGCUUAGGGUUGGUCUUCUCCACUGAAAUCCCCUCUCCUGCAGGUGGCUGCCUGUCCAGCCCAGCACCAUGCACACGCUUGUGUUCCUGAGUAUGCGGCAGGUACUCCAGUGCCAGUCAGCUGCCUGCCAGGCCUUGCCCCUGUUGCCCCGAGAGCUCUUUCCCCUGCUCUUCAAGGUGGCCUUCAUGGACAAGAAGACAGUUGUACUGCGUGAGCUGGUGCACACAUGGCCUUUCCCACUGCUGAGCUUCCAGCAGCUGCUUCAGGAGUGUGCCCACUGCAGUCGGGCCCUGCUGCAGGAACGGCUCAGCACUGAGAGUAUGCAGGCUGUGAUCCUGGGGCUGACUGCCCGGCUCCACACCCCAGAGAGUGAGGCUGGCACACAACCUCUCUGCAGGAAGCAUGCUCUUCGGGUACUGGACAUGACUGGUCUCCUGGAUGAUGGUGUGGAGCAGGACCCUGGUACCAUGAGCAUGUGGGAUUGCACAGCAGCUGUGGCCCGCACAUGCAUUGCCCAGCAACAGGGCAGGAAUUUGGAGCAUGGGCCAGCUCCUGUCCCUGUGGAGGUUCGUGUGGACCUUCGGGUGAACCGGGCCUCCUACGCAUUCCUUCGUGAGGCACUCCAAAGCAGCCUAGGCAGCCCACUUCGUCUCUGCUGCCGGGAUCUCCGGGCUGAGGACCUGCCCAUGCGUAACACUGUGGCCCUGCUGCAGCUUCUGGAUGCAGGCUGCCUGCGCCGUGUGGAUCUGCGCUUCAACAACCUGGGCCUGCGUGGCCUGUCUGUCAUCAUUCCACAUGUGGCCCGUUUUCAGCACUUGGCCAGCCUGAGGCUGCACUAUGUGCAUGGAGACUCAAGACAACCCUCUGUGGAUGGUGAGGACAACUUCCGCUACUUCCUGGCUCAGAUGGGCCGCUUCACCUGUCUGCGGGAGCUCAGCAUGGGUUCUUCUCUCCUUUCAGGCAGGCUGGACCAACUGCUCAGCACUCUGCAGAGCCCCUUGGAGAGUUUGGAGCUGGCCUUCUGUGCUCUGAUGCCUGAGGACCUGCGGUUCCUGGCACGGAGCUCCCAUGCUGCCCACCUCAAAAAGCUGGACCUGAGUGGGAAUGACCUGUCAGGCAGUCAGCUGAUGCCCUUCCAGGGUCUGUUACAGGCAGCAAGGGCCACACUGCUGCAUCUUGAGCUGACUGAGUGCCAGCUUGCUGAUGCCCAGCUACUGGCCACACUCCCUACCUUGACUCAAUGUGCCAGUCUCCGCUACCUUGGCCUCUAUGGCAAUCCAUUAUCCAUAGCUGGCCUUAAGGAGCUUUUGCGGGACUCAGUGGUGCAGGCUGAGUUGCGUACUGUGGUGCACCCCUUCCCUGUGGACUGCUACGAAGGUCUGCCCUGGCCACCGCCUGCAUCUGUCUUGCUGGAGGCUUCCAUUAAUGAGGAAAAGUUUGCUCGUGUAGAAGCCGAGUUGCACCAGCUACUGCUGGCCUCAGGCCGUGCCCAUGUGCUCUGGACCACAGACAUCUAUGGGCGCCUGGCUGCAGACUAUUUCAGCCUGUGAUCUUCUGGCUUUGGGUGAUAUUCACAGGUCGGGAGUCUUGUUGGAACUUUCCUGGAGGCUUGACACAAAGGCACUGGUUUCAGACUUAAUGCAGGGUCUGCCUUGCUUCUUGGCACACCCUGAGUCUCCUGUUUCCUGUUACAUGGUUCACUUUGCCUUGCACAUACUUUCUAACUGGCUGACUAUAGACACUGGCCUGAAUUUCAGCCCUGCACUUUCCUAUUCAGUAUGGGUGUACUUUGGAGUCCUGGCCCUCUCUGUGGAUAUUCCUGGAACCCUAGUUGUGCGCUGACAGGGACAGUGGUUUCUCCGGGCCCUUCCUAAGCGUGCGUUGGGUUGAAGUCAGCAUGGGGUCCUUCCGGAAGGCUUGGUGCCUCAUACUGUGUUCCUUGCCCUCAUACCCAGACCAACCUGUCAGCUAGCUUUGGGAGUGGUGUUAUGAAGGUACAAAUGUGCAGUGUAUCUGGAACUUAUAUCUCUGAUUUUUCUGUCCUAA